UUAUUUUCGGAAAAAUUUCGCAAAUGUGAGCCUUGAUAUUUCUAUAAAAUAUAUUCUUAUAAAAAGAGUGUAAAUAAUAUGUGGCUUUGCACAGAGUUGUUGUGACCUUUUUGUAUUAUCAUGGCUUUUGUUCUAUCCAGCGAUUUUAAGACGUUAUGCCACAGUACACAGAUUCAGAAGCAGCCCAGAUUGGAAUAACCAUAAUGUUUACCAUAAUAGUGGUCACAAAUCUCCUUGGAAACACAGCCGUGUGCCUUGUUAUUAUUUUGAAUCGUGAUAUGAGGAGUCCCAUGAACGUUUUACUCCUGAACUUGGCUGUAGCAGACAUGAUGGUUGCCCUGUUCAUCGCACCACGCUUUAUCUUGAUUCAUCUUUUCAAACAUCCUGACGGAUUAGCCGGCAAAGUGUUCUGUGAGCUGCUGACCGGAGGCAACUUAGCAUGGUACGGUGGAAUUACCUCUGUGUUCACUCUGGUAGUGAUCGCCUUUGAACGUUACUAUGCUGUCAUGUAUCCGUAUGGCAAUCGAGGGAAGCUGACGUACAGAAAGUUAAAGGUAUCGUUUAUAUCGAUAGCAAUGUCAACAUCGUCAGCAAUGGUCAUUAUUCCUGUUCUAUGGAUUUCAGCAGCCAUCCUUGUCAGUCCACUUUUCCUCACAAUCAGUUUUGAUCAAAAAACCAAUUUCUGCGUUGAAUACUGGCCCAAAGAGUGGCUUCCCAAGGCAUACAGUACCACCUGCUUCUUUUUUCUUGGUUUUAUUCCUGUAUCGGUGAUGACUGUGUUGUAUUCCAGAGUGGUAUAUUCAUUGUGGUUUAAACGCGAAGAAAACGAAAUGGAAAGCACCCGACAGGUACAACUCCUCGGUCAUGCUUGUAAACAACCUAUUAGUCUGUCCCCACCAGGUGUGAUGAAAGUAAGAAAACGGGUCACCAAGAUGGUUCUUUCUGUGAGUGUCAUUUAUGGAUUGUGUUGGAUGCCCAACCAAUUCAUUUAUGUGUUCAACUACUUCAUUCCUUCGCAGAACUAUGGCAAUGUCAUCUAUAUAGUUUCUAUUGUCCUUGUGUCAUGCAAUUCCACGGUGAAUCCUUUUAUCUACGUUUUCGUGAACCAAAGGUUUCGACGUAAGGUUAAGAGUUUGAUAUGCUGUGGCACACCCUGCAGUAACAGGGUUGACGUCUCCAGGGACUCCACUACUCAUACCACUGAUCGCACCAACACCACUAACCAGCCCACCCUGGAAGAGGAAGACUGCAGUGGAGUAACCAAGCAGGAAGCAAACCCCCUGAGCCUGGUUUCAAUGUGAGUGCUGGGAAAGGUUUCUGUUUUCCCUGGCCAAAGUGUACGCUACUUACAAUCACCUCCCAGUUUCUUAUUUAGAUUUAUAUAGACAGGCAUACUGAAAAACUUGAAUUAUUAAACAAAACUAUGUACAUAGUUUUCAUCACCAAGCAUCACCGCAGGCCGACAAUCCUCCGCAUGAAUCAAGUGUUGUUAUUAAAAGCCGAAUGCUCCACGUGUGCAGGUUUUAUGGUAAAUGGUUAAAUAUAGGCUUAAACGGAACU